UGGACUCUUUUAUGACCCUGAGCUGGUUGAGAUUGCAGGCAUUACUCACAGUGAGAUUUAAGUCUUCUGUCCAUCAGUGAGUCUCAUUCCUGUGCGCUGGUGAAUGGAGUGAGAGACACAGAGCUCAAAGAUGGAGGAACUGAAGCAGAGGAGACAUAAGAGAGAAGGGCGACACAGAGACACCUGGGACCCGUUCCAGCUGAACCCGAUCGGAGCCGAGAAAGAGCAGAAGAGAACAUGCUUCCGGAUUCUGCAGAACCUGGUGGCUGUGGUCGUGGCCCUGCUGGUGCUGGUCAGCGGCGUCGUGAGCAAGGGCUCUCUGCUGGUUCUGACCACUCUGUCCAGUCCGAAGUCUUUGAGAAGCGAUGUGGAGCAGCAGAUGUACACGCUGCUGUUGAUGUGUGUCCUGGUGAUGCCAAACUUCCUGAUGUUCCUGAAGUCUCUGUGGAAGUGUGUCUUCAAGAGCUAUGUGGCCCCGAAACCAAAGAUUCUGGGAAUUAUGUGUGGGAUUGAGAGUCUGGUGGCGGUCGGGACGGCAGUGCUGGUGCUCAUUGUGAUGCCUAAGCUUGAUAUCCUCACAAACCUCUGCAUUCCUGGAGGGAUCUGCAUCUUUUCAUCCAUGCUCCAGAUCGCCUUCCGCUUGCAGACAAGAAACUGGAUGAUCAUCUACCCCAUAUGCUCCCUCAUCCUAGUGCUCAGCGGUUACACUCUACUGGGGAUCGACUACUACGUGAGAGAAUCCACAUACACCAUUGGACAAAUAGAGUAUUGUUACGUAUAUGUCGGCAUUGCGAUUUUUGCCUCGGUGUUGGUUUCUCUGAACUGGUGGGAGAACCCGUUUCAGGCCAGCACUAACAUUCAGGAGAUGCUCAAGGAUUUGGACUCUUUCAGAGACUCCGUGUAUCUGUACACCAGCCUCCUUCGAAUAGUCGUGACUCUGGGGGUGUACUUUCUGUAUUUCUGCUUGAUUGCUGACACUCCCAUCGACUGGGAUGCGUACACCAAAGCCAGUAAAGGCACGAUAGAGAUAGGCCUCGGGCUGUUUUUCCUGCAGGCGUUCUGCUCGGCUGCGUGCCACUGGUUUGGAGUUGUGGCUUGCAAGAUCCACGCCGUGAGAUAUGGUUUCGCCCUGCCUGUGUCAUUAAUCGGUCCAGUAACACUAAUUCUGGGCAUUACGCUUUUCUUGACGCAAGCUGAACAUCUAGUCCCUCCACCUGCAAUUGCAUCUCCCAUGGACAUAAUUACUGGCAGUAACAAUUCUACACAAGUCAUUUCCUCUCCGUUCUGGCCCUUUUGCUAUGAACUUGAAAAUAUCAAGGGCAUCAAUACCACCCCGGUUGUAAUUCUGGAGAUUUCCUACAGUAUCUGCAGAACGUCACUCAACAAUCCGUACGCCAUGUGGCCUUUCUCCAUGCUGGCGCUGGAGGGGGUCUGCAUGUGGCUCGGGCUCAUCGCAUGCACGUAUUACGUGUGGAAAAUAAAAGUGCAGAGAAUUGAACGCACCUCUCAGCUUUUCGUACGCCGCCUGUAUGAAUCCGCCUUCAUUGACCUCUCUAUGCUGCUGAACACAAAAAUGAAAGUCAUUCGUACAGCAAACAAGGAGAGUAGUGACAUUGAAGUGGAAAACUGUGUCAUUUACCUUUGUGCAACAAUGUGGCAUGAAACAUAUGACGAGAUGCUGAAAAUCUUGACUUCAAUGUUCAGAUUGGACAGAUACAGAGGGGAUCCAAAGGAGGAACACAAGGAUGUCUUUGACUUUGAGUGCCAUAUUUAUGUCGACGAUGCCUUCAUGAUAGAAAAAGACAAAGAAACUGGCACUGAGAAAAAGCUUGUCAACUCAUAUGUUUCCGAUCUUAUAAGUGUUGUCAUGGAGGUGUACAGGGUAUUUACAAAUAAGGAGCCCGAUGAGGUUUCUAUCAUUGAAACGCCUUACGGUGGUCGUCUUGUGUUUGUCAUGCCGGAGGGAAACAUGCUUUAUGUCCACCUGAAGGACAAAGCUCUGAUUCGAAAUAAAAAGAGAUGGUCACAGAUCAUGUACCUGUAUUACCUGCUUGGUUGGAAAGGAUACAAUGUCAAAAACCCUCAGAAAAUAACAAGACAAAACAACCCAUGCCGUGCCAGUCUCAUAUCAUUAGAUAGUGAGACUUAUUUACUACCUUCUCAUGAUAAUGACAGCAAGAGGAAGCAUAUAUCUGAUGACAACACGUAUAUCAUGGCUUUGGAUGGAGACACAGACUUCCAGCCCGGCGCUCUGAUACUGCUUGUCGACCGUCUGAGAAUGUAUGACACCGUGGGUGCAGCGUGUGGACGGAUCCACCCCACUGGAAUGGGCCCAAUGGUGUGGUAUCAGAAGUUCGAGUAUGCAGUGGGUCACUGGCUUCAGAAGACAGCAGAGCACGUGUUUGGGUCAGUUCUGUGCAGUCCAGGCUGUUUCAGUCUGUUCAGAGGAUCUGCGCUGAUGGACGACAACGUCCUGAAACGAUACACCACCAAAGCCACCCGAGCCUCUGAGUAUGUGCAGUACGAUCAAGGUGAGGACCGUUGGCUGUGCACUCUUCUCCUGCAGCAGGGCUGGCGUGUGGAGUAUAACGCCGCCUCGGACGCUUACACCAACUCUCCCCAAGAGUUCAAAGAGUUUUACAACCAGAGACGUCGAUGGGGUCCUUCGACACUGGCCAACACUCUCGAUCUGCUCCACAGCGGGGCAGAAACGGUCAAGAGGAACACCUCCAUAUCCAUGCUCUACAUCUUGUAUCAGAUUUUCACCGUGGCUUCCUCCAUUCUGGGACCUGCAUCUGUUACCCUCAUGAUUGCAGGAGCAUUCCAAUUUGUGUUUAAACUUUCAGGCACUCUUUCCAUAAUAAUUGCGGUUAUACCUCCAACAAUUUACAUGAUCAUAUGUUUUUUGGCCAAACCCAACUUCCAAAUCACAAUUGCUGCCAUUCUAAGUGUGAUAUAUGCCUUCCUGAUGACUGCGUCCUUCUUUUCCAUUAUUGGUGACAUGGUUAUACAACAAACAUUUAUAACUCCUACUGGACUCUUCCUGGUGUCCGGUGCGAUCAUGUACUUGGUGACAGCCAUCCUGCACCCUCAAGAGAGCACUCUGAUCAUCUACGGUCUGAUGUACUUCAUCUGCAUUCCCAGUGGCUAUCUCCUACUCACCAUAUACUCCCUAGUCAACAUGCACAUUGUAUCUUGGGGAACUCGAGAAACCAGCAAGGGCAAGGAGGAUAAAAAGCAAGUGGGUGUCGUGUGCAAUCGCGACUGCAAAAUGUGCUGUUGGGAUGUGAAAAUCCAAGUCACUCAAGAGACCGAAAAUCUACUGCUUCAACAAAUGCAGCAAGCCGUCAAUCCAACACAAGCUGCCAAACCCGAGCCCAUCGAGCCGCCGGCUCAGAGCGCCAAUGAAGAACCGAGCCAUUUAGAGGCCAACAAACACAUUCUGGACUACGACCAGGAGAUGAGCCAUAAGAAGGACAAAUCCAAAGAGAAUCUCAACAAGGACAACAAGGAAAAAGACUCGGAGUCUGAGAGAAGUGGGAGUUCCAAAAGCAUUGAGAAGAAACUGGACCAAUUUAACGAUGACACAGACUACACAGACGAUGACGACGACGACGAUGAUGAUGAUGAUGAUUUUGAUUACAAUAAUUUGGAGCCGAAGGAAUUUGUGCCUGAGAGUGAUUGGGUGGAGCCCGUGAAGAGAGAGUUCCUGAAGAAACUGACCUAUGCAAAUCUGAAGAGAAACCUUCAGGAGCAGAUCAGAUACACGCUGAGGAACAAGAACCAGGAGGAUCUGUGCGAGGAACUGGUGUCGAUUCUCACCGACACCCUGAAUGAUGAGCUGAGGGAUAAAGUGGGUCCGGAGGAUGUGUUGACCGAGACUCAGCUGGAGGAACUGCAGUACGCUCUGAAUGAAGCCGCCAGGCGCAUCGUGAAGUCCAACCGCAUCGAGAACGGGGCGCAGAGACUGGAGCGUCGCGUCAAGAGGGGGAUCGAGAGAACGCUUGUGGCGCCACAGGUUGAGAAACUAUCUGAGGAUGAAACCGAUUUCUGGAAUAAACUGCUAGAGCGCUAUCUCAAGCCCAUUCAAGAUGACAAAGCUCAUCUGGACGAAGUGACACGGGAGCUGAAGUCUCUACGAAACAAGGCAGUGUUUUUGUACUUCAUAAUCAACGUCCUAUGGGUUGUAGCGACGUUCUUCCUUCAGGCCAUUGGCGGAGAUGUUCUGAGCAUCGAGAUUCCUAAGUACUUUCCGAACAACACGUUGGCCCCAGACCCCAUGAGGGUGGAGCCGUUGAGUUUGAUGUUUCUGCUGUCUUUCGCCAUUCUGCUGAUCGUUCAGUUCCUGGCGAUGCUCUACCACAGGGUUUACACGCUCAUCCAUGUGGUAUCGUACAGAGGCACGGAGAAAAACUACAAGGAAAAGGAUGAGGAGGAUGAGGAUGAAGGGUUUGUCCUGGGGAACGAGAUGCAGAGUACUCUUUUCAUCACCGGCGACGACUUGUGA